AUGCUCGAGCUCAUUCGUCAAGCGCCUAUCGGCCAGGCAAUUCGCUAUGUUACUCGGAACAAAUACCUCCAAUACCCUGAAGAGCGAGACGACUAUGAACUCCCAAUACUCAUCCCUAUGAAGUCAUGGCCCUGGAACACGGACAAGUCGAUGCCGCCGGAGCGCGACUUGGAGAUGCUGCGACGGAUCAGGACGAACCCGAGUGUCCAUAGCGUGGCUUAUGACAACGACCGGUUCCACGCAGAACAGAUCCUUGACAUUCAGCGCACGAAAUCACUGACCAUUGCUCCUCAAAAAACCUCGGACGGUGUGAUCCUCAUCGACUGGUACACCACGGACGAUCCUGCGAACCCUCAAAAUUGGUCACGCGGCAAGAAGGCACUUGUCACCUCGGUCUUGUCCUUCUACACGUUCGCCGUCUAUUGCGCUGGUCCCAUUUGGUCGACCGCUUCAUCGGGAAUUCAGGAGAAAUUUCACGUCAGCCCAGUCGCCGCAUCGCUGGGUCUGUCCCUUUACAUCCUUGCAUACGGCGUGGGGGACCUUCUCUUCUCGCCUCUGACAGAAAUUCCUGUCGUCGGACGAAAUCCGGUCUAUUGGCUCACUUUCACUGUGUUCUGGGUGUUGUCUUUUCCUGAGGCAGUCACGCAAAGUUUUGGAGGGCUUUUAACCCUGCGGUUCUGGCUGGGAUUCUUUGGCAGCCCAGCGCUAGCCAAUGGAGGCGCAACGACCGGCGACAUGUUCCCUCUGAUCUACAUUCCCUACGGGCUCUCCUUCUGGGGUUUUUCUGCUUGGUCCGGUCCGGCAUUUGGGCCCAUGAUCGGAGGCUUUGCCGCUCAAGCCAAGAGCUGGAGAUAG